GAUGCUGCUGCUGCUGAUCAGAGGUGUGUGCGCUGCGGCUGGCUUAUUUACACCCGUUCAGUCACACUGUAUCAUAGAAAAGCUCUGGCGCUCCUUAGGAAAUGGACUUUCUAAAGGGAUUAAUGUGUCUCUAUGGUGAUACAUCUCAAGCUCUAAAUUUGUGUCAUCAGUCCCACAAGCUGUUCCUCCAAACAGUGUGGAAAGGAUUUACACAGCCACAUUACUGAAGAGGAUUCUAUGACUUAUGCUACAUCUCCAUUUUAACUGCGUGUCAGAAAUGCCCCCUUCCAUAAAGUGGUGCAUUAGGUGGGCUGUCUGCUUGUCCUUUAUUCUUGCACUGAUCCCCAGGUCCAGAGGAUCGACGCUGAAUUGUCACAAAAUGUGCAUAUGCGCCAGCAACAUCGUCAGCUGCUCCAAGAUGAACUUGACGAUGGUUCCAUCCGACUUACCCGACUACACAGCUGUGCUUGACAUUAGUUUUAAUGAGAUAACCGGACUUCGCGCACAAUGGACCAAGCACAAACUUCCCAACCUCCACAACCUCUUGCUCAGCCACAACGGUUUGUCGUUCAUCUCUUCUGAGGCGUUCAUUUUUGUAAAGCAAUUGCGAUACUUGGAUCUGUCAUCAAAUAACCUGCGACAGCUGGACGAGAUUAUUUUCGAGCCACUGAUACAUCUGGAGGUUCUUCUGCUCUACAACAACCACAUCUCGCAGAUCGACCGCACAGCCUUCUCAGGCCUCAACAGCCUGCAGAAGCUCUACCUGAGCCAGAACCAGGUGUCCCGCUUCCCCCUGGAGCUCCUCAAGGACAAGAACCGACUGGACAAGCUGAGCCUGUUGGACUUGUCUUCCAAUCGGAUCAAAGUUCUCCCCAUUCAAGACCUCCAGGCACUGCCGGCCUGGAUCAAGAAUGGGCUGUACUUCCACAACAACACCCUCAUCUGCGACUGCGAGCUGUACAGUUUGAUGACUCAUUGGUAUAUCCGACGGCUCAAUUCAGCUGUGGACUUCAAGGACGACCACACCUGCGUGCAUCCCGGCCCGGAUAAACGGGUGCUGCGUUUGUACGAUCUCAACACUCAUAUGAACUGCAGCACGUUUAAAGAAACUGACCAAGAAGCUUAUUUGGAGCAGACGCUCACCCUCAGCUGUGAUACCAGACAUCGGAACAUGUCCAAGACUUGGAUGCUACCUGGAAACAUAGCAGUGCCUCCUUACGAUAACCAGAGCGUUGUGCCUCUGAAAGACGGCAACCUUGAGAUAAAAUCGAUACGACCUGAGGACUCAGGUGUGUACACUUGCUUUGCCGUGAGUGAAUACCUCAACGAAACGCUCUAUGUGGUGGUCAAAGUCCACAACUUCACCCUCAAUGGCAACAGCGAGACCCUCAACACCGCUUACACCACUUUGGUGGGCUGCUUGGCCAGCGUGGUCCUGGUUCUAAUCUAUCUGUACCUGACGCCCUGUCGCUGCUUCUGCUGUCCCGACCAGGGCAAAAAGAACCAUCAUGAAGACAGCAUCCACUCCUCCAUGCUCAGCAUCACCCCGACGCACGAGGACAUGGCAACCAAAGCAGAGCUCAACAGGCACGUGGCCUUCAUAGACCCCAAGGACCUGCAGGGACAGAACGGAAAGGUGAAUCCUAACAGAGAGGAAGAAGUGGAUGAGGAGGCCAUGAAGGGAAAAGGAAAACGGAAGAAAUCGCUGGCAGACUCGAUUAGUUCUGUCUUUUCUGAUACUCCCAUUGUAGUCUGAGGGAGGAUGUGUAUUUUUGGCUAGAGACAGUUCUUUGUUGUGGCUUUCUUGGAUAAAGAGACUGAAGUACACAGUUUGCCAUCCUCAGUCUUUGGCUGUUUCUACAAAACCUUUCCAGCAUUUUAAUCUGUAGCACUUAAGUAUAUACUGUGAAAAGGUCUUGCCAUAUUAGUGGAAUCUAAACUUGGAGUGUUUAGAUGUUCCUGUGAGUUUAAGCCCACUAAGUGUGACUAGAGGUAGUCUGGGUGAACAACAAAUGCAUUUUGCGAUUUCUCAGUGAUCAAGCUAGGAAGCUAGGUUGACAGACAUUAGAACAUCAAUACAUCCUCUAUAUAAUCACAUCAUAAGCAUGAGCUUUGCAGACUGCUAAUGUUAAGAAUAUAGCACUUAAUGAAGCCCUUGUAGCUAAUCAUAUUUACCACAUUUUAUGCUAACUGACCAACCUUACCACUUUAUGUGAAGCCAUAUGCAGCUGGUCACUGCAAGGGAAAGCAAUGCACAAUAGCAUUUGAGAGUAGUCACAGGAAAAUGAUGGAAAAUUAUCUGUUUUUUAUGGAACAUUACAAGUUGUUUGGAAUGAAAGUCAAACAGUAAACUGAGCAUUAAUGGUCACUUACAUGAAACUUCCUCCACCUAUAUAUGGCAAUGGAAAAAAUAAUAUCCUGGUAAAACUCAAAUGGCUGUUUGAAUCUAGACUCUUUAAGUCCAAUUUCAUAAGUUUAAAUAUUGGAUACCAAUAUAAAACAAAGCUGUAAGAACUUACACAGUUUCAUUUAUAUUAAACUAUAAUACAGCAGUUUUUCAAUGUAUUACCCCUCGCAUAAAAAAUGCAGAACGCAUGCAUUUUCAGCCACUUGAGCUCAUCUGUCAUGACAACCAGGGAGUGACAUAUAACCAAAAUGCUAAUGCAUUCUUUUAAUAGAAUGACAUGUCCCAUCUGCCUGAACUCUCAUCUCUAAAGCAAUGAUGAUAUGAGCUUGGAUUCAACAGCCAAAACAGUUUCGGAUACUCAGACCUAUUCUCACCCUGCGUUCAUUUGCACUUGUGGUGGUUGGAGUCAGUGCUGACUCAUCCAUUGUCAGAAUAGAAGUCAUUUUUUAAGCCCUUGAAGCGCGGAGGUAACCUUCAUCAGAUAAAAAGCCAAAGGCUGAGGGAUUUUUUCAAUUAUUUUUUAACCUCGAACCAUUAUAAUUUGAAUACAUUUUCUGAAUGGAUUAAAAAUCAAGUUUGAAGUUUGAGUGAUUAGCCGAAUGUUCUCCUCAUGUUCUGGUAUUCUAAAUUAUUACUACAGGCAUACAACAGUGAUCUCUCAGAGACCAAUAUUAUAUUUGCAUAUACAAUGUCGUAGGAACCUAAAGAGACUGCUACGAAUCAUAAUGUAAUGCGUAAAGCUCGUUGGCUGUGCUCAAGGAAGAUGUGACUAGAUCCAUUCCAAGCAGAUAUCAACAUUGUCCUGGUGGACUGUUCUAGAACACCAGUCAAUGAUGUUAGAAAACCAUACGUGGAACUCUUACUUCUGGGAAUGGCACUUCUAUUCUUCUGUUCCUGGAAAGAAAUCAGAAUCAUCUCACAUGUUAACCAUAACCACAUAUUUAUAACGGGGUCUGGUUGGGAUCAGCUGGAGCAAUCUUAGUUUCCUCCGGCCUCUUUCCCUAGUAACAUCGUAAUUACAUCCUGUUUUGCGAGUGAGGGAGUGGGUGAAGCUAUUAAAUGUUUGAUAGGUGGAUGAACUCACAAACAGUAUUAUCUCAGGGAGAGGGAAUAACAGAUAAUAGCAGCUAUGGCAGACUGCAGUCAUGGGCAGUUACGGUCUCUUACACGUCUCUCUAGCUGCAAUCCAAAAUUAGUGUGCAGAGGAGGGAAAGGCCUUACCAUCACGAGUGCUGUGGGAUCUCGGUGGUUCGCAAAGACACAGAAAAGCCAAAUGCUCCCCCUAAAACCACAUCCAGCAACUUUUCACCCCUGUUGUGUGUGUUCUUCUUAACUGUGUGUCCUUGGCUAUUUUGCUACGAGCAGAGUUCUUGUGAAAGACCACUGUUCAUUACUUACCAUUUAACAGUAGGCUACAUCUGUGCUUUUGUAUGUGCAAACAGUGUUUGUUUUUACAGUGUUUAUGAGAUCGUGUCAUUUUAGGUAGCUUUUUUCCCCUUGAGGUUCCAAAGAGACUGAAUUAAUUCCGUGUUCUUCUGUGUAUCGUUGUUCCUAUACAGUUGUCUAGAUUCCACUUGUGACUAUAGGAUAUUGGUAAACCUAUUUUAAUGACACUGACUGUAAAGGUCUUUCUCUGUCAUGCAUUUUGAAAUCUGAUCAUCUAUUUGUCUAUUAUAUGUUGUUAUUUAGGCACAUAAAUUAAGUUUUUUUUUAAUGUCAGUAAAUUAAAUCUCAAGAAGCAUCACAGACUGUAUCCAAGUCCAAAACUCUGUUGCAUUAAUUAGAAAAUGCAACUUCAAGUCAACGUGAAUUGCCGUUCACAGCCCACUUUACUAGUACCAGUUUAAAGGCCCGUUCACAACAAGGAUGAUUACUAUAAUAAUAACUAGAAAGCUGUAAUACUCAUUCCAAUUCUUUGAGAAUAGUGGAGUCCGAACCACAACUUUAACGAUAAUGGCACAGAGAAACGAUAUGGUUGGAAUUUCACUUUUUUUCCACACAACUUUGAAAAACUGAGCAUUUAAAGGGGCAAAUGCAGCGUAAAAACUGCAGCGUAUACCUAAUAUGUGGACGAUAAUAUAUUUAUUGUUACAGUUAUCAUUUUUGAUAUGAACUGCCUUAAAAAUUUGGUGCUAAAGGUAUGUGGUACUAGAGACUAGUCCCUUCUGUUCUUUACUAACAUUUAGAAUCUUAAAACUCUAGAUUAACAGAAUUCAAAAUAAGUAACAAUAUCAACAGCAUUUGAUAGUUAGUUGUGACUAAGUCUAGUUCUUCUAGAUUUGAGUACAGAAAAAAACAUACAAACAGAAGUAGACGAACACAAAUCUGCUAGAAUCUCAGUAAUGCAAAUAUAGCUGUACCAAUAGUAAGCAAGCAUCCUGAUAUACAUACAUACUGCUAAAAAACUGUGAACCCUAAAUGGUUUGAGAUCUAAAGUCUCAGCCAUCAUUACUAGUGUCUGAAAGCGAGAAUAGAAAUGUUGUCAGGUUCAGUAUUAGAGCUAGAUGCCUUACUGUAAAGUCUAAAUGUCAAAAACGAGACUGAUGAGUGCCGGGUGGUGCAGAUCCCUGUCCUAGAGUGAAACGGACUGCUUGAUGAUAAUCCAGAAACUGAUUCUCCAUCAGCAGUCCUCCCACAUGGAAGUUUACC